UGGUGGCAGUGGCGGCCAGUCCACGGAGUAAGCUAGUAAACCCGCGCCAACUCGGACUUUCAGUGAGUGAAUGUGUGUGUGUCAAGUGAUGGUGAGAUAUUCGACUUCUUUCACUUACUGAACUGACAUUUAAAGUUAACCAAUCAUCAACCUCCGCUUCGACCUCGUGUUUCCUGACAUUAUCGUAUGAUUUGAGGAAGCUCCUGGUCACCUUCUCUUGGCCAAGCAUGCUGGCGAAGGGGGACGAAAUAUUCCAGGGGAUGGAAGCGCAUCGGGGCUGACCAAUCCGUGCGUCGCAUCGUGACCUUGGAAAGAUGUCCUAAUAUGGGCGGAAGUGGAGGGCUGAUAGCGGCCGCCGUGUGUCUGGGGUGGUGUCUACUCAUCUCCGCCUCCUCGCCUACUGCUGACAUAUUCGAGAAUGGAAGGUCCGACAAGGAAAUUUUAGACAAUUUGUUGAAACAGACGAGAUACGACAAGCGCCUGCUACCCCCAGUUACAGGAACACUUACAGUAAACAUGAGCGUGUUACUGCUGAGUCUUGCGUCCCCGGACGAAUCUAGCCUUAAAUAUGAAGUGGAGUUCCUACUACAACAACAGUGGUUCGACCCACGGCUAAGGUACUACAACCAGAGUCGCUACCCCUUCCUGAACGCCAUCCAUCACCAUGAGAGUAUCUGGCUGCCAGACACCUAUUUCAUCAUGCACGGCGACUUCAAGGACCCCCUCAUUCCUGUCCACUUUGCAUUAAGAAUAUACCAAAAUGGCUCAGUCAGCUAUUUAAUGAGGCGACACCUGAUAUUAUCAUGUCAGGGAUCUCUCAAUAUCUUCCCUUUCGAUGAUCCUCAAUGUUCUUUCGCUAUGGAGAGCAUAUCGUACGACUUAUCAGCCAUCACGUAUGUCUGGAAGAAUGACGAAGCAACCCUGAGGAAAAGCCCUUCAUUGACGACACUGAACGCUUACCUGAUCAAGAAUCAGACAAUUCCCUGCCCUACGAAGGCCAGCUGGCGAGACUCUGACGAUGAACAGGACGACAUUUGCUCGCUGUGCCAGCGACGCUUCGAAGAGCAAGGCAACUACAGCUGUCUCAAGGUAGACCUCAUCUUCACCAGGGACAGAGCUUUCUACUUCACGACAGUGUUCAUACCGGGAAUAAUCCUGGUCACUUCGUCAUUCAUCACGUUCUGGUUGGAAUGGAACGCGGUACCUGCGAGGGUUAUGAUAGGUGUAACUACAAUGCUCAACUUUUUCACUACCUCUAAUGGUUUCCGGUCGACUCUACCUGUGGUAUCCAACCUGACUGCCAUGAAUGUAUGGGACGGCGUUUGUAUGUGCUUCAUCUACGCCAGUUUGCUUGAGUUUGUCUGUGUUAACUACGUUGGACGCAAACGCCCGCUCCACAACGUCGUCUACAGGCCUGGUGAAAACCCUGUUACCCAGCGUUUACCCGCAGUCCUGUCCCGGAUAGGCCUAAUAUUGGCCACUCCACUGGGGGACAAGAAAGGUGAGGGGGGAGGAGCCAAUGAGAUAGUUACCUGUGCCAACUGUGGGCCCAACCCUUGUACCCAUACCACCAACAACGGGUGUGCCACAGAGAAUUGUAUCCCCGGCGCCCCACCCGGAUUGCCACCGCAGGUCCGCAAGAAGGAACCUCCGCACCCAAUCAGAGUGGCUAAGACCAUUGACGUCAUCGCCCGCAUCACCUUCCCCACAGCCUACGCCGUUUUCCUCAUCUUCUUUUUCUUCCACUACAAGGGAUCGUAAUCCUAAAAACCCACCCAAAUUUCACUAUUCAUCAUGCAACUGUUUUAACUAGUGCAGCUUCUUCUGUACGGCUACAUCAAACUUAUAAAGUAGUUGCAGCGGUUUUUGUUUAAAAAAAAUAUUAAAUUGCAAAAAGAUAAACUAAGUAGAUUUACACAUCUUAUCCACAAUGAUUAGCAUAUGCUUUACAAGUUUUAAAGCCAGCGAUAUUUUUUUCUGCAGAAGAGGACUUUAAAGUUAAUAUGGAUUAUACUUAUGUAAAAUAUCCAAGUUACCAAAUUCUUUUUUAUAAUUAGGGUACUAUAUUUAGUCACUACCGCGAACAUAAGAAUACAAUGAUUUUCGCUUGAUUUAUGCAAAAUUGUUUUGAAUGCAUAACCCUUAAGUUUUCUGAUUGGGCAAAAAUUCAUUUUGUUCUUUGAAGAAAUUAUUCAAGCUAGAGAUUGAUGAAAACUAUAAACAAGUUAGUUGCUUUUCAUUCUUUACUAUUCAAAGUACAUUAUUUGAAGAGUGUUCAAAAUAUUUUAUCAUAACCAAAAGUAAUUGUUUUUUUUCAAAUUUUUUAGAUACUAGAGAAUCAUAGCUUCAUAAAAUGUAUAUACCUGUCUUAAGGGAAAUUAAAAAUUGUACGGUUGUAUGCACAAAAAAUAUUAAACUUUAAGCCAGGUUAUUUCAGUUUUUGGCAUUAAUGGUUGUUAAUAAUUUUGUUGCCUUUUUGACAUAGUUAUUACUUUGAUCAUUCCCAAGUAUUCAUUUAAUUUAUUUUUUACAUACCUUAGCCAAGUUAGUAAUAAAGUAUUAAAAAAAUAUAGUUUACAACAACUAACCAUGUGUAUUGUUAUCAUCAGAUAUUACUGUUAUAUUUACAAAAAUGUUUUUGUGCAUCAUAUGAACUAGUUUAUAUUGGCAUAAUUGUGAAGCUCACAUGACUGGUUGUACAUUAUAUUAGAACCGUAUAUAAACCGGGUGUUUCAAAAAUCAGUUUACAAAGUAUUUGCUUAAAGCAAAUAAUAAAUAAAUGUUAUUUAUAUUAUAAUUUUGUUUCAACUGAAUUUAGACUACACAUAGGUUAUAAACUUAAAAGAAUUGUUCAAAAUGCUUUCCACUAACUUCAAUGCACUUUUCACAGCGUUUUUUACACGUAAUAAUCCUUUUGCAUAGAUUUUUACUGUUGUCAAGGCUUCAAACUCUCUCGUGAUGGCUGCUCUCAAUUGUAAAACAUCUAGAAGUGCAAAACAUGAUGGAGCUGGAGUUUGAGGGAAUCUUUCUACAAAUAACUGAAUAACUUCUUCACUAUUUUUAUUUUUUUCAUCCGACUUUAUUAAAAGGAAUAUGAGCUUCUCGGGGGUUGGUUUGCUCAUGGUUACUGUCAACAUGAAAUGCAAAUAACAAUCUAAAUCUAACCUCAAAUCUAAACAUAAAAAUGUCAACAAUGAUCUUAACAGCUGAUUUUGGCAUUGCUGAAAACCAGGUUGUGCAACAUUAGUUACGCAAGCAUUGUGUUUUGUAAGUCAGUUUACCUCAGUAAACUGGUAAACUCAUUUGUGAAACACCCGGUAUUAUAUAUCUUUCAUUGUUAUUUUGUUGGUAGGCCCCUCUAAUUAAACACACUGUAAACGGUCUACAGUUUCCCCUUUAGCAGGAUUUUACAAUAGAUGUAAUGGGUUAGGCAAGAUGAGUAAAUUUCCCAUCAUCAAUUGAAGGAAUCUGAAAUAAUUUGUCUAAUUAGCAUUUUCAUAACAAGAGAACAAAUAAAGAUUCACAAUCAGAUAUUUUUAUGAAAGUUUUAAAUAAAAAGGUUUAUAUCAACUGUGACUUAUAGUAGAUCCCAGCAAUCCUAGAAGGGUUUUUAGGACUGAAUUAUCUCCACUUGUUACUGUCCUAGUUGUCACAAACAAUUCUGAAUCUGAGUUUCAAAUCAAUCAUCUAACCUCAUCUAAACCACUCUUUCCUUUAGAGUUAAAUUAAUGUGUGUAGCUUCUAUAUUAAUUCAUUCUUCUUCUAUUGGUGUCUAAAUUAAUCAAACAAAAGGUUGUAUGAUGAAUGUGAAUACACCACUAUUCAUAUAGUGUAAGUUUUCAUACUAAUAAAUUGUAGUCACAUCAAUAAGUAACUGUAUACGAGAAGUAUGUUUUGUUUUUUAACAGAGGUUAUAUUGGUUAGGUACUUUGAUAGAUGCUACAGUUGUACACUUCAAGUGUAUGUUUCGUUAUUAGUUAAACUAAAAUUAACUAUGCUAAUGAAAUAAGUUUGUAGCUUAUGUUACACAGAGAGAGUUGAUUAACAGAACAUACUUCUUUGACAGUGUACCACCAAUAUUCCAAUACACAUUGUAGUACUGUAACUCACAGCUGUGUUUUAUCUGAGUGUUUUCUGUAUACUUGUACCUUUUUAUACUGAUACUCUGUAUAUUUUACUCAGUGGCAUUACUUUUUUGUUGUGAAACUUAUGUAUCUCUACUCUAAAACAAAUGUACGGUAAUUAUAAAAUACUAAACAAUCCAUAUUAAAAGCUGGUUUAUUAGUUAUACUCAAAUUCAAUUAUUUUUAAUGUAUAGAUAGAAUUGUAGACUGCAUGUUGUGUGGUUUACAGUGGUUUUACUAUGACAUUAUUACGUGUUUUAAUCUAAAAUGAAUUAAAUCUACUGUAGCUAAAUGCAAAGACUCUUAAGUGUUUCCACAGGUCUUAAAAAACUCUUUAAUAUGUUUAUAAUAAUAAAUUAAUUAAAAUACAGGGUCAUAUUAUGUACAGAGAAAAUUUUGUAUUUUAUCACAAUUUAACAAUGUGGGCAAUAUUUUGUUCAUUUGGUUACCUAUCAUCUUAUUUUUUUUUUUUUACUUUUGUUUUUCUUGUUGGGAAAUAUAAUAACUAAAUAUAAUACUUAACUAUGGUCUAAAACUUAGUAGCUCGCCAAAAUGUGUUAUGCAUAUUUGAUUGUUGUUCUUUGAAAAAAAUUUAUUAAUAAUCAAUUAUAUUGUACUAAAUCCGUGGAAAACAACCUUUUGACCUCCACAGAAACUUUUUGUGAGGAAAGCUUUUCAUAUGAUAUUGAUAUUAUUGACUCUUCAUAUUAUUUCUUCUGGUUUACCCAAUGUACCAAAUAGCUUGAUAACCAAUCUAAAGUUUUUCAUUUUAUUAAAGUAAUAAGAAACAAUAAUAUUGUUCUAAAUUUACACAUAAAAUUCAUUUAUUUAUUUAAAAAAACAUAACAACAUGAAACGCCAUUAAGAAAUGUAUAAGAAUAUUAUUUAUUUAUAAGUAAAACAAAUCUAUGACAAAUUACCUGACCUACAAAACAGAUUAGUUUAAUGGUUAUUUUUAAAUUAGGCCUACUGAAAAUAAAUAUUAGUGAUACAAAAUUUACUUUGAUUUAGACUUGUUCAUUCGCAGGAUGUAUUUAUUGAACUGACUAAAUAAAUACAAUGCUGGUACGGACAUUAUUAAUCAACAUGUAAUUUGUUUUGAUUGAUUGUGAAAAUUGUCAUUUUCAGCUUACUAAAUUAAGAUUUUGUGUAAUUUGUUAUGUAGUAUCUGGUGAAUAAGUAAUAUAGUGCUUACUAAUUUUCCAUAUUUGACAUCGGAUACUUACAAAUAUGUUUAUAUAAGUCACCAGUUAUUUUCAUUCAUUAGGUACUUCUACUUAAAUAUGGUAGCCUAUUACUCAAUCUAUUAUGUUGUCCACUUAAAAAUGUUUAUUGCAAAAAUGUUAGUUACCACUUUAACUAUAGUUACCAAUGUGAUAAUUUCUAGUCAGAAUUAUAAAUAUAUUUUAAGAAUAUCAGUCAUUUCCAGUACAAAUUAAAAAUAUUCAUACUAAAUCUUGUUUAUAUUAGUUUUAGUUAUUGUUAUUUAAUACCGUACCUAUUAAUUUAGUAUAUUGUUAAAACCCUUAUUUGAGCUCACUUGUUUGUGAUUAAUUUUGUAGAAUGUUUAUAAAUUAAUUGUAAUGACCAAUUACCAAUACAGUAGUCCUGCAAACUCAACACUGAGUAACUAUGCGCUUAUUCCGAUUGUUUUUUUUAUUGUUAAAUAAUCCAUAGGUUUAGAAUUAAUAAAUAAGAUGAAGUUUGAAUAGUCAAUAAAUUAACACUGUUUCCAAUUAUAACAUUAAACUGUGAUCUAUGUUAGAAGUCAUCAAAUGUUUUAUUAAAUUGCAGUAGUCUUCAUAUUUAUCCAAUAAUUAAUUAUUUAAUAUGUAUGUAACAGUUGAUCAACAUUUUGGAAAAUUAAACAUUCCAAAAACUCAAAAGGCACAUUUUGUUGAGUUUGUAAGGGUACUUUAUAAAUCAAAUAAUUUCUUCAUUAAACCAGAAACACUGUUACUCCACAUUUACCGUGUCUUUCUGUACUAAAAUACUAUUCAAAUUGUUGUCUCCUAAGAAAACUACAAAAGUUGUCAUGUCCAAUUAAUUGAAAUUAAAACUAUAAAUGUUAUUUCUCGUGUUAUUGUGUUGUUUAGAAGUAUAUGAUAUUUUCUACCAUAUAUCAAAUGUUUUUUCCUCUGGUUGAUGUUGAAUGUCUGUAUAAAGUUACAAAAAUUAUAUUUAAUUUUUUAAUGUUUUGACUUAGUUUCAGCAUCAAUUUUAGAACUAAUUGCUGCUGAUAAUUUCAAUCACUAAAGGUUGCGUAUGAUUGUAAAGUAAACAAUAUGACCAGACAGUGCUGGAUUUGCUUAACUUACUACUUUUUUGUCUAUUAUGAACUAAUAUGUCCUGAACUGUAUGUGUUAUCAGCUCCAGAUCAAAUCUUACAUGACAUGUGAUAACCAAGACAAUUUUGGUUUGCACAUUUAAAUCUCAAUGUGAUACUAAAUUUAUAUUUAGCCUACAUAACAUAAUAAAACCAAAUACAGUAAUUAUAAGAGUAGGAUUUAAUUUGCCAAGCACUUUUGCCCUCUCUCUCUAAUGGCAUUGUUAGGAUUUUGUUGUUGUUGUUCUUAUUGCCAAGCAAAAAAUGUUGAACUUUCUAAACCUAUAUAAAUUGUAAUAAUUUGUAUCAAAUACAAGAAAAUUUGUUAAAAUUAAUUUUAAAUUAUUUCAGUAUUUUACUGUUUUAUUAGAUAUGUAGUGUAGCUCAGUAGUUCUUUCACUAUUGCUAUACACUAAACAAUGUGAUGGGAUAUGGAUGGCUAAUUAGUCAAAGCUAUUUAAUAUCAAGGAUUAGUCAGUUUUAUUGUCGUCAUUUUAAAUAAAUGAUGUUUAUCUUGAUAUAAACAAAAAAUCUUGUUGCAUGUGAAAUUCUUUAUUAGAUAAUUGAAUGAAUUGUUUAAAAUUAUGUAAUUGUUUAAUUUUCUAUGUACUCACGAAUGUGAUCCAAAGUAAUGUUUAUUUUUGUAAAAAUAUGAAAUUAAAAGUGUAUAUUUUUAUGUGUCAAUCAUAUUUAUAUGGCAUUGAGAAU